AUGAAAGUGAUUUUUCCAGCCACACGUGAACAAGCCUACGUGUACGCCAUCAGCUCAGCGGCACUGACCCACACCAUGGCGCGAGCCUGCUCGGGCGGCGCGCUGCAUCACUGCACGUGCGCGGGCAAGCCGACGAGCGCGCCCCCUGACGACCAGUUCCAGUGGGGCGGCUGCGGGGACAACGUCGAGUGGGGGCAGCAGUUCGCCAAGCGGUUCGUCGACAACGCAGAGAAGUACUCGCUCGACAGGGGCGAGGAUAAGCAGAAGAAGGAGGAAGAGGGGGAAGUGAUCACAGAAAGCCUUCACACUCAGUGCAAAUGCCACGGAGUAUCCGGAUCGUGCAAUAUCAAAACUUGCUGGAGAGCGCUGCCAUCUAUGACCGAAAUAGGGUACAAGCUGUUGAAGAAAUACACGACCGCUUUGGAACUCCACAAAGACGAAGCUGGCAGAACAUUAUCUGAAGGGAUUUCGAAAAGGAGGAGAAAUAGAGCCGCGAACUGGGACUCCCCCCACCUUCAUUGUAGCUAA